GUCACGGCUUGUUACGGAUGCUGCGUCGCCAUGACAACGGGCGCUGCGUUUAUGUGGUCCUGAAGUGUUUUCAGAGAGCUGCCUCACUAAUAUCCGCGUUAAAAAGAGGUUUAUGUUCGGUUUUACCACAUAUACAGGUGGUCAGCUGCUUCAGGUGUUUAUGUGUCGCUCGGUAGAUUUAGUUAAAGAUGAUAUUUUUCAUCAAAAUAGACAGUUUGCGUGUGAAUAAAUCGUGUUAGCUCGCUAGCUAACGUUAGCACAAGGAGCUAAUCUCCUCUCUUUAGAUAAUCCCUGUCUCUCUCUCUCUUCACCAUUACUACCGUCUUCAACAAGUUGUGAGUGGCAUAAAGUGGACUGCAACUAAUGAUCCCAGCAGUUUUAUGACCGGAUAACCUAGCUGGAAGAUUUAAGAUAGAUAGGUAAAACACCCAGUGGAGACAGAAGAUGGAGAUCCACCUUAAUCGAGUUGAUUAUAUUCAGGUCGGUGUGACAUCCCAGAAAACUAUGAGGCUGCUUCCAGCAUUGGGGAAAAAGGCAACCCAAAAGGUCGCUGUUGCUGAUCAUGAUGGUAUACUAACGUGUUUUGGGAUGAAGAAGGGAGAAGCAGUGCCGGUGUUUAAAACACUUCCAGGGCAGAAAAUAGCCAGAAUGGGCCUUGGAGGAGCUGCAGGAACUCCACAGGAGAAGAUCUUUGUUUGUUCUGGAUCUCAGGUUCGCGGAUUCACCAAGAAAGGCAAACAGUUCCUCACAUUUGAAGCCAACCUCACUGAGAGCAUCAACGCCAUGCAUGUCUCAGGCGCUGAUCUUUUUGUGUGUGCGAGUUACAUCUACAACCACUACUGUGACUGCAAGGACCAAAACUACUACCUCUCAGGAGACAAAAUCAAUGAUAUCACAUGUUUGACCUCAGAAAACCUGACUCGCCUCGUCCCGGUCCUGGCCUGCCAAGAUCGGGUUCUCAGAGUCUUACAGGGAUCCGAGCUUGCCUAUGACAUUGAGGUCCCUGGCCCUCCGUCUGUCUUGGAACUGUACAACAAAGAUGGAGGAGAUGAAAUCCUCUAUGGAACUACAGAUGGCAAAAUAGGACUGGUCCAGAUCGGUGAGAGCUCAGCUGCAACCAAAUGGGAGAUCGACAACGACAAAAAGAAAGGAGGAAUUCUUUGCAUCGACACUUAUGACAUUAUGGGAGACGGAGUGAGUGACAUCCUGGUGGGCCGAGAUGACGGGACAGUUGAGGUCUAUGGUUUCGACAGCGCCAGUGAGCCCACAUUACGCUUUGAGCAUGUGUUGUCAGAGAGCGUAACUUCCAUCCAGGGUGGCUGCGUGGGGAAGGAGUCAUAUGAUGAGGUCUUGACUGCCACUUACACAGGGUGGGUGACUGGUUUGACCACUGAGCCCCAGAAGGCUGAGGCCGGCCCCGGAGACGAGGUCAGAAUGAGUAAGGAGAUCCAGUCCAAAGUAGAAGCACUCAGGGCAGAGCUGGAGCAACUGCAGGUCAAAGUCCUGCAGGGCCGUGAGCAGUACCAGCAGACCUCUCAGUCGAGCACAGCCGUCUCUGCUGUGCCCGUCUUCAGCAUCAACGACAAGUUCACCCUCUGCCAGGACGACGCCAGCUACAGCCUCACUCUUGAGGUGCAGACCGCCAUCGACAACCUGCUGCUCCAGAGUGACGUCCCCAUAGACCUGCUGGAUGUGGAUAAGAACUCAGCUGUUGUCAGUUUCAGUGAAUGUGAUUCAGAGCAGCCUAAUGGGAACUUCCUCCUGGCCACAUACAGAUGUCAAGCUAACACUACCAGACUCGAGCUCAAGGUGAGGUCCAUCGAGGGACAGUAUGGGACCCUGCAGGCUUACAUUACCCCCAGACUGCAACCAAAGACGUGCCAGGUCCGCCAGUACCAGAUCAAACCUCUGUCCCUCCACCAGCGGACACACAGUAUAGACCAAGAAAGGCCCAUGAACAGGCUCAGUCUGGUGGGGCAGUUCAGUUUUGCUGAGAUUCACUCCUGGGUGGUCUUCUGUUUGCCAGAGGUGCCUGAGAAAACACCAGCAGGAGAGAGCAUCACUUUCUAUUUCCACAACACCUUUCUUGGGACACAGCUUGAAGCCACCUACUGCAAAGGGGAAGGUCACUUCAAGUCAGACAACAUCUCUACCAUCUCCAUACUGAGUGAUGUUCUCUCAAAAGAAGCCACCAAGAAGAAAAUCAAUCUGAACGUUUCAUAUGAUAUCAAUGAUGACUCUGUGAGCCACACCCUGAAGAUGAUACAUCCAAAGCUGGAGUACCAGCUGUUGUUGGCUAGAAAAGUUCAGCUUAUCGAUGCACUUAAAGAGCUUCAGGUUCAUGAGGGGAACGCUGACUUCCUCAUCCCAGAGUAUCGCAACAUCUUGGAUGAAUCUGCUAAUCUCCUCGAGGAGUACAAGAAGCAGCCAGCGCACCUCGAGAGGCUUUAUGGAAUGAUCACAGACCUCUUCAUCGACAAAUUCAAGUUUAAAGGCCAGAAUGUGAAAUCCAAGGUGUCCUCGUUGCUGGAGAUUCUCGAUAAUUAUGACUUAAAUUCUCUCUUAGCCUUUUUCAAUGAGGCAUGAUGUCGUGUAGAUCAGAGGGUGUUUAUUUACUUUGAGCGUCUUUAUUUGUGCUAUUUUUGUAUUGUAAAUACAAAAGUUUUGUUUUAUAGUAGUUACUACGUAGCUGCGUCAAUGUCAUGUUGUCAUACUGUCAUUUAGAUACUGUUUGUCCUACUUAUGAUGUACAAUAUUUAAAUAUUUAUAAUAUAUUUUGAUAGCUUAUAAAAGCAAGGGUGGUAUUAAUAAACCACUAAAAGGUUCCUCUUUUUAUUAGUGACCAAGCUUUGGUUGAGGUUUGACAUUUCAGUGACCAAAUAUAGGCCAGUUAAAAGCACACAAAAGAAUGUAUGUUUUUAUAUCAUAAUAAUCAUAGCACUGUGAGUUCCCCCUCUUGAAAUAAAAAUUAAAACAAAUUUGUCA